AUGAGGAAUCUCAUCGAUCGUCCAUCAUUCCCUCAAAAGCACUUGACUCAUCUCAAUCAUCCUUGUAAAAGUAAGCUGAGCUAUAUUUACUUAAAUCUGUGGAAUCACGAGAAUAACCACCUUUACUCUUUCAAUUAUACUGAUGAUUGGAUUCGUCCUAAGGAGAAACCCAUUGAUAACAACCUUUAUUAUUUCGAAUAUAAUGAAAAUUGGAUUCAAAAUGAGGAGAAACCUAUUGAUAGAAUGACAAUGUUUUGCUUAAACCCUAUGUUUGAUUCCUUUAUCGUCCUUGGUUCAUUUAAUGGGGUGGUUUGUAUUUAUGAAUGCCGAAAUGAUGAACGUGGUGGUAUUGCUUGUAUUUUUAACCCCAUCACACAAGAAUAUUGUUUUCUUACUGAUGAUGAUGAGUAUCGUUGGUAUGUUCAUCUGUCAAAAGGAUUUGGUUACCUACCUUCUACAGAUGAAUACAAACUUGUAAGAAUUUACUAUUGUGGUCCUAAUUCUGUUAGGGUGGAGGUAUACACUAUUGGCAGUGUUAAUGGAUGGAGGUUUAUUGGAGAGUUUAAUUUCUCAUUAUACUCACGUUCUGGUGAAGUUGGUGUGUUUGCGAAUGGAGCUCUUUACUGGAGGGAUAGUGGAAAGAUUGUGGUGUUUGAUUUGGCGGAUGAAAAAUUUCUUGAAAAUCUUUCACCACCUCCAAUGCUACUGGAAAAUGACUGUGAUGAUAAAAUUGCGAUAGGGGUUUCUAAUGGGAUUUUAUUCUAUGCUGUUAGUCGAUCCACCGAAGAAGGUGAAGAAUUUUUUGACGUAUGGCUAUUAAAUAAGAAACAGCAGGGAGAACAACUGUCAUUGGGUUGGAGUAAAGAACUCAGUCUUUCCCAGAGAGAACCAUUCACCUUUACAAAAUACGGCAAUGCUUUAUAUUAUGAUGAUCAGGGCCGUCUCAGAUACGAUCCAAUAGAUUUAUCCUCACACAGGUUUAUGGGUUUUACUGGCAUAUCUCCUCAAGUAUGUCCUCACAAACACACCUUAGUUUCAUUGGAACAAUUAGGAGAAGAAGAUACACAUAUUAGGAGGUCACGAGAAAGUGAGGCGGAGGAGUCGGAUCAUAGCAGUGAUUGGUGA